ACAUAAUUUGUUGUAGUUAUCUUAUAGAUACUUAUUUACUCCUUUUAGAUAUAAAAUAAAAUUAUAAUCAUAAUGUAUUAUACGAACUGCGCCGAACUUCUGUCGGGGUACCCGGUGGGCUGAGACGUGUUUUUAUUUUCAAAUGUAACAUUUCUGAAGUUAGAAAAAAAAUUAAACUAUGUAUAAUGCACAAUUCGCUAGAUAAUAGGUUAAACCAUGGGGAUCCAAGAGGAUUUUUGCCUAUCUUUUUAAAAAAAAAUAUUAUUCAACAAAAUACACUCCGGUGGGUACCCGGGUACCCGGGUGGCAACACAAGGGUUAAAAAGUGAUUGACGUUCAUGUUUUAACAUGAUAAUUUUAUUGGGUUAAAUAUUUUUCUCAGGGGCACUCCUAUUAUUUUGAACACAUCUGUACAUGGAUAUUUCACGUAUGCCUAGUAUAUUAGGAGAAUCCAUAUACAUGUAUUGCUGUAUUACCAAUAUAUUUUGCACACAUACAUAUGUAUGUACGAGUUAUACUGAGAGAGCACAUGUUAUAUUAUACAUAUAUGUUUUUUCUUUUUCUGUUUUUUGUUUGUAUACGUAGCUUUUGGUAUUGCUCAACGUCAGUUUGUUGAUGGUAUGGUUUCACAUAAUAUGCUCUGUAGAACCUUAUACACCAUGUUGAGGAGACUUAUCUCACCGUAGUCAGCGCAGAUUGUGGGGUCUCACAUUUUUCGGAUUGGGCAGAGCGGACUUAAAUUCCAAUCAAUUGGUGUACUUUUCGAUUAGUUUCCUCGCACUCUCCGUUUUUAGUGUUAGCAAAAAAAAGAGAACACAACAAUUCCGCAAGAAUUUCACACUUUCCUUUUAUUACACCGGAGUUUUUUACAAUUUUAAAGCUUAGAGCUUUUAUAAAAAAUUUUAAUAACAAUAUAUAUAUUUUUUUUUACGCAAAAAGUUGCAAACGUUGGAGAUCGGGUUGAAUCGCACGGCUGGUCGUUAGCGGAUCGCAAAAAGAAAAAUGGACGUAGAGGAGACCCAAACCACCUCCAACACCGUAAGGUCCGAAAUCGCUAUACCCAAAGCGUCGGCUGCACCCGUUGCCGCUCCAAGGACCAGGGUAAUGCGACCACCGCCAUCCGCCGAAGCAAUCAGGGAGAUAAGAGAAGAGCAGCUAUUGGAGCCACAGGGGCCUCCAUGUUGCAGCCUGUGCCAUCGCCCACACGCCCUGAAACGAUGCUCCAUUUUCAAGAGCACGAAGCCCGCUCAAAGACAACAGGUUGCGAGAGCCCAUGGGCAUUGCAUGACCUGCCUGGCAGAUGACCACGCCACCAUAGAGUGCUGGGCCGACGGCGCCUGUCAAUAUUGCCAGAGGCCCCAUCACACUCUAUUUCAUCGUUUUCCCCGCCGAGCCAAUCCGACGGAAAGUAGCACCAACACCCGUAGUAGACCACGCAGCGAUGCUAUCCGGCGACGACGAAGCAGUCAAUCAACCACAACGCGUACACGGCCAUCUCCGCCACGCCACGCUCAUCGUCAGCACCAACGACGCUCAACAGGGUUGAGCGCUGUACUCAGUACACUACAACAGCUGCAACGGCUCCUAGCCGAUUAAUUCGCCUAGGGGGGCCGGGAUGUUCACAUGAGCUAUGAGCGUUCCGCAGCAUCCCACAUCACAUCACCACACAUCACCGUACAUCACAUCAUAUCACAUCAUAUCACGUCACAACACCUCAUCACACAACAGCUCACAGCAUACCCCAAUACACACACACGCAUCAAACACCGAUCAUUACUACAACACUGCAACACAACAACCAUACGAUCAUCAACGAGACGACUCGUAAUGUUAGCCAAUAUUCACCACCCAAACGAUCAAAAGGGAUUGACCCGACCGGGAUUGGCUUCUUACCGUUUUCAUCCGCACAGCGAGAAAGUCGUCCGUGAUAUUGAGUUCUAUUAAUUUUUAUCAACCGCAAUAAUCAACACAAUUUCCUUUUUAUUAAAACCGCCAAGUGACGGGAGUGAAGUGAAUCGCCGAGUUCGUCAACCGUGUGGAACAGUGGGUUCCGCAGAAAGCCUGAAUACACAUUCCUAUAUGCAUAGGAUAUAUGCUAUUCAUAUAUUGUGAAAUUAAACCUAAUAAAGUUUAUAACGAUUGUGACAAUCAGCGUUUCUAUAUUUUCGAUC